CCAACCCCGCCUACUUCUCCAGCACUAACGGUUGAGAAAAGCCCUAACGAAGUCGUAUGUCCUCUCUAUCGCCAUAAACCCUAGCGUCUUGUCCAUUAGGUCACCUCUUUCUACUCUUUGAAUUCCAUGGCUAAUGCUUUGGAGAGACAACAGGGUAAUGCCGAACGCAGAGAACAAGAAGAAGAUGAAGAAAGCAAGACCUUCGAAGAACUCGGGUUGGAACCUAGCCUUAUUCGAGCCCUAAUCAAGAAGGGUAUCGAGAAGCCGACUCCAAUUCAGGAAGUUGCCAUUCCACUCAUACUUGAAGGUAAGGAUGUGGUUGCUAGAGCAAAGACUGGUUCCGGGAAGACGUUUGCGUACCUUCUUCCGUUGCUUCAGAAGUUGUUUUCUGAAUCUGAGUCAAGGAACAAGCUUGCUCCGAGUGCCUUCGUUCUUGUGCCAACACGAGAACUCUGCCAGCAGGUUUAUUCCGAGGUUUUAUCGCUCAUUGAGCUAUGUAGAGGUCAACUGAAAGUUGUACAAUUAACUAGCAGCAUGUCUCCCUCCGAUUUGCGAGUUGCAUUGGCUGGACCGCCUGAUAUUCUGGUAUCUACACCAGGUUGCAUACCAAAAUGCUUGUCUGCAGGUGUCCUCCAAGCAGCAUCCAUCAACGAAUCACUUGAGAUCCUUGUUCUUGAUGAGGCAGAUCUUCUUUUGUCAUAUGGCUAUGAAGAUGAUCUAAAAGCACUCACAGCUCAUGUUCCUAGACGCUGUCAAUGCCUGCUUAUGUCUGCUACUUCAAGUGCUGAUGUUGAGAAGCUGAAGAAGCUCAUUCUGCACAAUCCCUUCAUUUUGACCUUGCCAGAAGUGGGAGAUGGCAAGGAUGAGAUUAUCCCCAAAAACGUGCAGCAGUUUUGGAUUUCAUGCAGUGCUCGUGAUAAGUUGCUUUACAUCCUUGCUCUCUUGAAGCUAGAGUUGGUUCAGAAAAAAAUACUGAUAUUUACUAAUAGUAUUGACAUGGCGUUUAGAUUGAAACUAUUCCUAGAAAAGUUUGGAAUCAAGUCUGCUGUUUUAAAUGCUGAGUUGCCACAAAAUUCCCGUCUGCAUAUCCUUGAGGAAUUCAAUGCUGGACUUUUUGAUUAUCUAAUUGCAACUGAUGGCAGCCAACCAAAAGAGAAGGAGCAAGCUGACGAGGGCAGUCAAAUUGAGCCAAGGAAGUCCAGAAAGCACUCCAAGCAAAAAUUGGAUUCUGAAUUUGGAGUGGUGCGGGGAAUCGACUUCAAAAAUGUGCAUACGGUUAUAAAUUUCGAAAUGCCUCAAAAUGCUCCAGGAUAUGUACAUCGAAUUGGACGUACUGGAAGAGCAUAUAAUAGUGGUGCAUCUGUAUCUCUUGUUUCUCCUGAUGAGAUGGAAAUUUUGGAAGAAAUCAAAUCUAUUUUGGGUGAUGAUGAAAACAAGGAGUCAAACUUUAUUGCUCCAUUUCCUUUGCUUACUAAGAAUGCUGUGGAGUCCUUACGAUAUAGAGCUGAGGAUGUUUCAAAGAGUGUGACAAAACUUGCUGUAAGAGAAUCCCGAGCACAGGAUCUGAGGAAUGAAAUUCUCAACUCUGAAAAGUUGAAAGCUCAUUUUGAAGUUAAUCAAAGAGACCUAGACCUAUUGAAACAUGACAAGGUGCUUAGCAAGAAGCCCAUUCCUACUCACCUUCGUGAUGUUCCAGACUACCUAUUGGACCCAACAACACAGGAAGCCAGCAAAAUUGUUAAGCUAGCCAGAGCUGCAAUGGGAAAUACUAAUCCUGCUCGCAGACAAGGAUCCAGGAGAAAAUUCAGAAAAAGUAGAGACCCUCUCAAAACUUUCAGUGCUGAGGCACCAAAGAAAGCUCCCAAAGGUGGGGUGAAGAGGAAGGAAAAAGACAACGAUGAUAGCCAUAAACACAAAAAGAAAAAAGCAAUCUGAAUCUCCCCUUAUCAAAUGAGAGUAGAAAAGAGUAGUCAGGAAUCAUUUUCCAAAGAUAAAGAGGAUCCCAAAAACCUGGGGUUAUUGACUUACCCUUACAGUUUUGUAUCAUGUUAUUGGUGCUAGUAUGCCUUUUCUUUUAAA